AUGGCCAAUUCCAUCUUGGGCGCUGGGAUCAUCGGACAGCCGUUUGCGUUCCGCAAUAGUGGGCUCUUGGGCGGCAUCGUGGUGAUGGUGCUCUUGACGGUGUUGAUCGACUGGACCCUCCGUCUCAUCGUGGUCAACGCCACGCUUUCCAACACCCGCUCGUACCAGGACACCGUCAGCUACUGCUACGGACGGUGGGGACGUCUCUUGCUCUUGUUGAGCAUCAGCAGCUUUGCCUACGGCGGGUGUAUGGCCUUCUGUGUGAUCAUAGGCGACACCAUUCCACACGUGUUGAAGGCGUUCAUACCCCACAGCAUUACAGCCAGCGGCUCCGUGCUCGGGUGGCUCUUUAAGCGGAACUCCAUCAUCGUCAUCUUCACCACCUGUAUCUCGUACCCUCUCUCGUUGAACCGGGACAUCUCCAACUUGGCCAAGGCCAGUGGCUUUGCCUUGGUGGGCAUGUUGAUCAUCGUGGUACUCACCGUGACCAGAGCUCCGUUCAUCGACCCAGCGUUGAAGGGCCUGCUCACCGCUCCCCAGUGGACUGUCAACUACAACAUCUUCCAGGGCAUUCUGGUGAUCUCGUUUGCAUUGGUUUGUCACCACAACACUAUGUUCAUCUACAACUCCAUGAAGAACGCGUCGAUGGACAAGUUCAACCGCUUGACCCACAUCGCCUGCGGGGUGUCGAUGGUGUGCUGCAUGGCCAUGGGCAUCAACGGCUUGCUCAACUUUGGUGACAAGACCAAGGGCAACAUCUUGAACAACUUCAAGAGCGACGACAACUGGAUCAACUUGGCACGGUUCUGCUUUGGCCUCAACAUGAUGACGACGUUUCCUUUGGAAAUCUUUGUCAUUCGCGAUGUCUUGAAGGACAUAGUGUUGUCCGGAGAUGGCCAGGGAGGAAGCACAGCCCACUUGGAGCUCAGCUCAAAGCAGCACUUCUUCUUGACCACAUUUUUGGUGUUUUCGUCGAUGUCAGUGUCGUUGUUCACAUGUAACUUGGGAAUAAUUUUGGAGUUGAUUGGUGCCACCUCCGCUUCGUUGAUGGCAUACAUCGUGCCUCCCAUGUGUUACUUGAAGUUGGUGUGGGAGCAGUCGGACUACUCCAAACUUGACGGUGCGGGCAAGAGACGUUUCAUCGUGAGAAAGGCCCUUCCGAGUGUGGCUUGUGUGAUUUUUGGGUUCAUGGUGAUGUUCAUCAGUUCAUACAUGAGUAUCAGGACCAGCAUGAAAGGGGAGAGCGAUGGCCACUGUGUUGAAGACUAG